CUCACCAUGACCAAGUCGUACAGCGAGAGCGGGCUGAUGGGCGAGCCCCAGCCCCAGGGCCCCCCGAGCUGGACGGACGAGUGCCUCAGUUCUCAGGACGAGGAGCACGAGGUGGACAAGAAGGAAGAGGAUUUGGAGGGUCUGCACGGCGAGGCUGAGGAGGACUCGCUGCGGAACGGUGAGGAGGAGGACGAAGAGGACGACUUGGACGAAGAGGAGGAAGAAGAGGAGGAAGAGGAGGACGACGACCAGAAGCCCAAGAGGCGGGGCCCCAAAAAGAAGAAGAUGACCAAGGCGCGCAUGGAACGGUUCAAGCUGCGGCGCAUGAAGGCCAACGCCCGGGAGCGCAACCGCAUGCAUGGCCUGAACGCAGCCCUGGACAACCUGCGGAAGGUAGUGCCCUGCUACUCCAAGACACAGAAGCUGUCCAAGAUCGAGACCCUGCGCCUGGCCAAGAACUACAUCUGGGCGCUCUCCGAGAUCCUGCGCUCAGGCAAAAGCCCCGACCUGGUCUCCUUCGUGCAGACCCUCUGCAAGGGCCUGUCGCAACCCACCACCAACCUGGUGGCCGGCUGCCUGCAGCUCAACCCGCGGACUUUCCUCCCUGAGCAGAGUCAGGAGGUGCCGCCCCACGUGGCGGCGGCGGGGGCGCCCUUCCCGGCCCACCCCUACCCCUACCAGUCUCCGGGGCUCCCUAGCCCUCCCUACGGCACCAUGGACAGCUCCCAUCUCUUCCACAUCAAGCCGCCGCACGCCUACGGCGCCGCGCUCGAGCCCUUCUUCGAGAGCGGCCUGGCUGAGGGCGCCAGCCCCGCCUUCGACGGGCCGCUCAGCCCGCCCCUCAGCGUCAACGGAAACUUCUCCUUCAAGCACGAGCCGGCCGCCGACUUCGACAAGAGUUACGCCUUCACCAUGCACUACCCCGCCGCCGCCGCGCUGGCCGCCGCUCCCGCCCACGCCGCCAUCUUCCCGGCCGCUGCCUCACGCUGCGAGAUCCCGGUCGACGGCCUGGCGCCCUACGAGGGUCACCCCCACCAUGAGCGGGUCCUCAGCGCACAGCUCAACGCCAUCUUCCACGACUGA